AUUGCAAGGCAAUGGCGCUUUAGGGCAUAAAUAGGAUGAAGAAAUGGUGUUUAAUCCAACGUAAAGCUUGGAUAUAUCUAUAAGAAAGAACCUAAGCCAUAGAUGUGUUUUUUCUACGUAUCGUUCAUCCAAAAGCGAUAGUGAUGGAUGUAGAAGAAACACGUGAUCAAGGCAAUACUUCAUCGUUGCAAAGUUGGUCGAUUUAGUCGAAAACCUUGGCAGAAUGGAGUCAUUUGUAGACGACGAGCUAUCAGAAAAAGCUUUGAAAUAUUACUGGAACCAGUUCAUAACAACUGCACAUCAUGCGGAAAAAUCAAGGUACCUCGAUGCAUUUCUUGAAGAGUUUCUUAAAAUKUACUCCCUGGUUAGAGGAAAUGUCAGCAAAAUGCCUGUAUUUGGGGAUUUACACAGCGUCAGUAACAUGCUYGCAAGAGAGUUUCAAACCAUCAUUCUAGCCAAGUGUACUAGUGAGGAAGAUGACCAAGAACAAAGCCUGGUGGGAUACCUGUGUCAUGGAUCUGGCUUGAUGCUUUUGGAAGUUCUUUGUAUUCUUGCAUAUAAAAUCGCUGGUUGCAGCAGUGAGCUUGCUAAUCUGAUCGUCACUCUACUGGCAGUCAUUUUACAAGUCCCUUCGCACGAGUACGACUCACUUCAAGUAUUCGAGAUGAUUAAGCUCGACUAUGACAACUACUUCCAGGACCCCAAAUGUAAACCUCAUCACUCCACAGUUGUGCAGGAAAUGAUAUUGAAGCAUUGCGAACACCUUGUAAUGAAUAGCAAGCAAACGUUUAACAUUGAGCCGGAAAACGUACUUGACAAGAACCAAGAGUCCACGUUAACUGUACCGUCACAAGACCACACCGACUCGUCCAGUGCGACAGAAGAAAGUGAUAUUCUUACAAGCAUCAGUAGUAUAGGAAGCAUAGGUUUGCACAGCUCGAACGAAGAAACCGCAUUAGAACUGCACCGACAAAGUAGUGGAAUAUCAAGCCUUCUUGAAAGUACUGACAUCCUGACACACAUUGAUCAAGGGACACUAUUCAAGCAUGAGACACUAUCAAACCAAGAGACRCCCACUGAACCAGASAUAGUUGUCAGUAAUGACACAUCUACCAAMUGUGAAGAUGUUUCCAUCAAUAGUUUUGACUUGUUAUUGUUAAUGUUAACAGUACUUGAAAACCUUUGUUGCCGGGAGUCAUCAAGUUAUGAUACAUCAUUGACCGUGAAGACAUCUGGACAAUUGAUUGACUUGAUAGCUUGUUUGAAUGGAGAAAACAAACAAGAGCAAGACUUAGAAGUGUUAUGGGACCUGGUGUCUACCAUCUCUGCUCGUUUAUUCCUCUUACGAACCGUCUAUUUCUUCAUGUAUGCCACAUUUAGAAAUCCAAAGUCAGCUAAACAACUGGUUAAAAGCUCUUACGUGAAGAAGCUUGUUGAGUUUGUUGAAAAUGAGAUUCAGUCUGCCGCUUUGACUGCAGAGCAGGCUGUAGAUCUGAUUAACGAGAUGCCACCAGCAAAGGACUCGAGUCUCUGGCAAACGUUUCAUCACGUCYUUUUCGUUUCCCUGGCAUUCCGAGGUCUUGUGGUGUUUAUAUCUUCGUGUGUUCAGUUUGGAAGUUUAAUCAAUUCUUCUUUGCUUGCGUUAUCUCGUGAAUUACUGGAACAAUUUAAUAAUAGCGGUGGUUUUAACCACUUAGCGACCAUUGCUUUAAAGUAUGAAGAACUUCAAGUAGCACUACACUCAGAAAGACUCCCUGACAACGAUAUUUCCAUUGUAGCAAUGGUCAUAAAAACACUUCCUAAAGACACCACUCUACAUGUCCUCAGUCUCGCAGGCAAAGUGAUUUCACUGUUGAAGAGAGGCAAACUUCACUGUAGAAGUGAAACGAACAGUACAACCCAUCGAAAAUCUAUUGAUUCUUACAUUCAGUUCCAGCCUCCAAGCGACUUGAUGACAUCUGACGUCGAUGAAAGCUCAGAGUCUGCUGGUGACAUGGAGAAUGAAAACGAGAAACGAAGUCAGAACAUCGUGGAUCAAUGCCAAAUCCUUCAUACAGUAAUAACCACAUUGAACAUCUUCAAAAACAGUCAAACCCAGUACCUUUCGUCGUCCAUUCUGUCUUGCUUGGCUAAGGUUGGUAUAUGUGGUUGUAUACAGCCRGAUGAUCUAGUGACUCCAUUACUGACAAGGUUCUUACUUCAACCACGUCCAUUACAAACACAAAUACUUCAACUCAUCAAUCAACUGGUAAUCGCAUCAUUAGACAACACCAUCCUUUCCAAAGGUACCCAAGAACAAUACACAACAAGGCCAAGAUCGAAGAGUAAAAGAUUGUACUCAAAGUCUCCCAAGGGCGGUAGUGUAUCCAAGAGGUCUAGUGUAUUGUCUGACAAUGAAAUACUCUCUUUUUCACCACAUCUACCYAAAAGACAUCAARAAGACGAUCACUGGUCUUGUUUGUCUCAGUACUGUACCUUUCUUACUACUGGUGAUCAAUGGCUGGCUUUAGAAACAGCAAAGUCAAUGAAAACACUUGUGUUAUUAGGAUCGAGUAGCUUAAAGAACGAAUUAUUUCGAGUUGUUCUCCUUCCUUCUCUCUUUCGUUUUGAUUUGCACAGAAAUUCGAGUAAAAGCGAGGAUUCUACAAGCACUCCUACAAACACGUCUUCGCAAUCUUCCCUGCCUGGUUUCUAUAGAGACCGUUCKCAAACUCUCCGACCUUCAAGUGCUAUUGUAAAUCAAGAAGUACUGAAGGUUUUACUUGGAUAUUUGCCUUCUCUUCUUGUAAGUCACUCCUCGAGGUCGCUUUUCUUCGACUGUGGAGGUCUGAGUGAGCUUCAGGUUUUUCUGGAUGUUGUUGAACUCCAAGAGUUAGUUGUAGGAGUUUUCGAGUUUCUCGCCUCGUUAGAGGACUGUGCAAGUGACAGUCCACUCAAAGACACUCAGGAAAACCACGAUGGUCAAAUGAAUCAAGAAGGUACAAGCGCUGUAAGGACYUUUCUUACUUUGUUGAGAUAUACAGCUAAUGUUGACUUGUUCACUAAAUCGUCGAAUAGUGAUGCACCAGAAUUAAGUGACCAAGAAAAAUGUCCUGAGAUGGUUCAGGUGGACGAAUCUGUGGAAUCUUCACAACAAGAACACACCCUAAACAAUCUGUCUUUGUGUUUGCACGUAUGGAAGGCAUGUUUAAACCUACUCGUGUCCAAUAAAGUUUUUGUUGAGUCUUUUAUUGCUGACCGAGGCCCAGUGUAUAGUAUUGACUUAUUUAAGUGGAUGAUAAACUACUUCAGCUGUUCUGUUUCGAAAAAUGAAGAAGUUCUUAGCGAAACUGUGGCAUUAUUUGAAGUUAUCCUUGCUGUAUGUAUUAGAGUAUCAUACGCUGGUCUUACGCAAGACUUCAAGGGUGUGCCUGGAAUMCAGUCCAUUCUGCGCGACGCCGAGCAAGUCGUGAUUCAUUCAGAUAUUUUGAAGGACAUGUUCGGGCGAGGCCUUUGUGACUCAUUCACCAAAGCUGCUGUUAAAAGGCUCUACUUAACGUCAUAUCCUAAUCAACAAGAUAACAGUGAUGUCCUAGAGAAAGAGUUGAUAUCAAUGAAUCCCGAGGGGGAGCUGGCACAGUUGAUYUUUGAUGAUGAUCUUGAUACUCCUGCUCAUCCUAAGAARUCUGUAGAAGAUGGAUAUGAAGCUGAUAAUGAAGUCAAUACAGACAGUAGUGAUGACUCAGACGCUAAGACUAUCAGACAGACAACUGUACCCAAGAAGACUUCACGUGAGGCGCGUCAAAAUUCAGAGAAAAGUACGAUUGACUUYCAUGGACUUGUUGGAUAUCCACAAGUUUGUCAUUUCUUGUUUACRCUGCUGGAGGCUGCAUAUGGUGGAGAACCGUGCAAGACAACCAGAAACAAAGGUGGCUCACUUCACAGUCCUGGCGAUGCGUCCAGUGAAGGCUGCAGUACUGAAGGAUCAUGGUCUAAAGUCAGACACAGUCCAGAAUGCUCAGAACGACAUCGGCGCGGUAAACCGCAGUCCAAAUUAAUCCGAGGAAUGAAGGCUCGCAAUGACAGCGAUACUAAAGAUCGCGGCGAUUCUCUUCAGGCUGAAGACUCAGCAGACCUCCCCUCGCCAUUCUCCAUCAAAGCUGUCAAUCUUCGAUGUCAUGGUAACCAGCCAUGGCCUGUAUCCGACUURAGCAUUGCAUUCUGGGUGCGUGUACAUAACCCGAAGAAAUUUCCAGAUGUAGAAAUAUCACGUGAUCGUGUUGGUUUAGUCAGUUCUCGGCCWAACAGUGAGUGGACUGGUACYCGGUCUGACUCGAUAUCAUGUGAUGAUGCUGUUCAUGUUUGCUCGUUUGGGUCAAGAAAAUGCUUGUUUGAAGUUUGGCUCUUUCCUUCGAAUGCUUCGUUUUUGUUCAGAUGGACAAAGUCAACCAGGGGAAGUACUGACGGAUACGAUGUUACUAAAGAGCUAGUCACCAGGCAUAGCUCGUUCACGCGCGGUAGAUGGCAUCAUGUUGUUAUCUCRUUAUAUCAGUCAAAACAAAAGUCUAAUGAAGCUGUCAUWGAUCGAARCGACUCCUGCAAGAUAUUGCUGAUAGUAGACGGUACUGAUGUGACUGAACAGAGCUUCGGCCCUCCCCUCCCUAACAAUGAUGAGAAAUGUACACUCUCUGUAGUGUUAAUCGGUCACGUGACAUUAACGUCGAAGAAAGAGAGGUCUGGGGAGGAGAAGGAAGUUCUUCCUGAUGGUUAUGACGUAGGAUGUGUGAUGUUAUUUACAGCUCCUGUUUCCAAAGGCUCAAAGAAGCGUAACGCUGUUGAGUGGUUGGUAGGAAAGAACGAAGCGUUUUAUCUUUAUUCACUUGGACCAAAUGCUGCCAGUGUYGGUCAUYUACAGAACGACUUUGAGCUCAUGACAUCAAACAAUCCUUCUCAGUCGUUUUUAAUYGCAAGCAAACUUUGGUCCAGACUCUCUAUCAGUGAGCGGUCGGUAGGAAGYGAGUUGAAGACUGGAUACUUGACUAGUCCUUUCAUGAUMAUCCCAGAUAUAGAGUCCUCUAUAAGGGGAAACCUUUUCUUGUCCUACUCACCGAAAAAUCCUUCCAUGUUCUCGCAGGCCGUUCGAUUACCAUAUAUAGAUGAUAAAUCACGACGAACAAGUCAAUAUGACACAUCUAAACCACCAAUCACAGUGAAUUUUGUUCAAAACGAGGCUAAACUAUUUCAUGAAGUGAAGGCUCUUAGGGUCAGUACGCUAUUAGAAGCAGCGUAUGACGUUGGAGGGAUGACAGUUUUCAUUUACCUGUUCGGGAAGGUAGUUGAGAUGACGAACGACCACAAGACUCAAGCCGAUGCACUUUCAGUCGUUCUCUCUUUACAGCGGAAUUGUGAAUAUCACGCAUGCGCAAUGUACCACCAAUCAGGUUAUGCUUUACUGAAAAGAAUACUUCUUACCCCGCAAUGUAUGGUGGGAUAUCAUAUGCUGAAGAUAUUAAUGGAAGCKGCAUGUGACGGCGAUGUCUUCAAACAAACCAACCUAUCAGACAACCCKAUCAUGYUGAAUAUCGACUCCAACGCYGUUGUUCGUAAUGUCGACAUAUUUCAACACUACCUCCUCAACUGGAAGAUAUGGGACAAGGCUAAACAAGGAGUUUUUGAAAUGUUGCUCUCGACUCUAGAGAUACUCGUCCAUGCCAGUCAYCCUCACUACAAGUUUAAUAUCWGUCAGYUUCAAAARGCUGAACUUGUACAACAGCUUCUGAUUGGUUGUCAGGAGCGUCUUGGUGAAGGUCUUACAGAGAUUCCAUCAUCCAUCAGUACGCUGUAUGUAAAUAUCAUUCACAAUAUUAUGGGUAACCCGCCUGAUCUGACSGUAUUGAAGGCUGUAUGUGAAUUCUUGAUAGCAGUGCAUCCAACAGAGGAAAUCAUUCGUCUUCAUUCUCCGAGUAGAUUCUACUUGACYGAGCGCAGCUUCARAUUUGGUAUGAUAAUUUUAAAUGACKAAMAAUMAGUKUUUUGGCUUGAGCUAUAA